CUUAAACCCAGUUCAUCCCUUUCUUGUCAGCCUAACCAACCCUAUUCGGAGACCUUAAGGAAACAGUGUGAAAUACCCUAUAAAAUCAGUAAAUGACCCCUGACCGUGCCUUUGCUCUGUGCAACGAAGGGUAAAGUUUUAAAUCGGUGUUCUUUGAUUUUGGUGUUCGAGGGAGUGGCUGCAGUCAUAUCGAAAACAGGACCCUCAAAAGUACAUGAUGAGGUCUGUCUGGGUGGUUCUCUCGGUGGCCCUGCUGGGUCUGCUCACUGUCCAGGCUGCAGACUUUCCAGCCAGCCUGAAAGACAAUGUCAGGAGGAACUCACCGAAGAGGAAAGUGGCCUUGUUGAACCCACAGCUGGAAGGCACGGUCCCCCCUACUCCCAGCCAGGGUCCUGUCCAAGACCCUCUGACACCUACCGACCUUGACAACCAACAGGUCGAGACGUCCUCCUUCUUAUUCGGGGACACAGUCAAGCUACAGUGGCUGAAAUGGAACGGCUCGCUCCCCAAUGGAGCUGUGUCCGUGUACAACGACUACGUUGAUCGCAUCGACUACGUUUGCAAAUUCUCCUGCGAGUCCGGGUUUUACUCUCCCAGUAAAGGCACCUACUGCUACUACCCCUUAGACAGGAUAGAGCACAAAGCCACUGAGUUUGAACUACUGGUCAACAAAGAUAACUUUGAGUUCCUGGAGUGGAAGGAGGACUCUGAUGGCUCCAUGCCCACGAAUGCUGUCAGGACCUGCACACAGCAGGACCGGACCGUCUAUGUGGGCAAGAACGAGUACGGGCUAGGUAAGCUGGAGCCAAUUCACAAGGCCUACUUCUACCUGCCCUGGGAGGGAGAGGAGUACAGGUACUGGUAUAGGAGCCGCCAGGUCUUGAUCAUUACGAUAGAUACCUACACCCAGCACAUCUCCCACGUGGAGUAUGCCACCGACAAGGCGAAGAUGGUCCACUACCCGCCUGAGACCCUGCGAGAGUCCACGGUGACCAACAACGAGUGCCAGACUGUGAGCAAGACGGUGACCAUCUCCAGGACCACAACAAAGGAGCACACCUGGAACUGGGGCUUGUCAGCGACGGUGGGCUCCAAGACGACCAUCAAGACCGGCAUCCCCUUUUUGGCCGAAGGCGGGGUGGAACUCAGCUUUGAGUUGACCGGCCAUUUUUCCAAGGGCGGCACCCACGCGGAGGACGAUAGCCACUCGGUGUCCGUGGAGGUGAAUGUCCCCCCCAACCACUCCUGCACGGUCCGCAUGGAGGGCCGCAAGAUGACCACCGUCAUCCCCUACACGGCCCGCCUCAGCCGCACCUACAGGGAUGGAGAGACCCAGUGGACUUCCAUCUCCGGCAAGUACAACGGCGUGCAGAUCGGAGAUAUCCGAACAGUCAUCGACCGCUGCCAAGCCCUGUCCCUGACAGAAGCUGAUGUUUUAACCACCUGUUAAAUCUCACCGAUCAGAUCCCAUUUCACCCAUCCUGGU